GCUCAGGCAGCACCAGCUGCCGGCUGUACCGCAGGAUGUCGGAGGGGCUCAGAGAGGCCUGGGCGGGCAGCGGGGGGAGCUCGGCGGGAAAGGCGGAGGCAUCCUCCUCCGUGUGCGCGGCGUCCCCCGCGGCACCCCCCGCCAGGACAGUGGCCAGCCGGUCCCGCAGGCCGCGCAGCUCCCGCUCCCGCCGGCUGAUCUCGGCGCUCAGCCGCUCCGCCUCCGCCAUGCCGGCCAUAGCCGAGAGGACAGCGACGAACCCCGCACACCGCUUCCGCUUCCUCCCGGUCACCUCUAGAGCAUCGCACUUCCGUCCGCGUCGGGCGCGCCGGUUGGCUCCGUGUUCUGGCCGCCGGUUCCGGGUGCGCCAGCGCGCCGACAUGGCGGGCGGCGGCCGCGGGGGUGACAAGUUCUCGGUGCUGCUGCCCACGUACAACGAGCGGGAGAACCUGCCCCUCGUCGUGUGGCUGCUGGCGCGCACCUUCCGCGACAGCGGAAAGGAUUUUGAAAUUAUCAUCAUAGAUGAUGGGAGCCCCGAUGGGACACAGGAAAUUGCUGAGCAAUUGGAAAAAAUAUAUGGAUCAGAUAAAAUACUUCUGAGACCCAGAGCAAGAAAGUUGGGCCUCGGCACUGCGUAUAUUCAUGGAAUGAAGCACGCCACUGGGAAUUUCAUUGUUAUUAUGGAUGCUGACCUCUCUCACCAUCCAAAGUUUAUUCCAGAGUUUAUCAGAAAGCAGAAAGAAGGCAAUUUUGAUAUUGUGUCUGGAACAAGAUAUAAAGGAAACGGAGGAGUAUAUGGCUGGGAUUUGAAAAGAAAAUUAAUCAGUCGUGGUGCCAAUUUUCUGACUCAGGUUUUGCUGCGACCAGGUGCAUCAGACCUAACAGGGAGCUUCAGGUUAUACAGAAAAGAAGUCUUAGAGAAGCUAAUGGAAAAAUGUGUUUCUAAAGGAUACGUCUUCCAGAUGGAGAUGAUUGUUCGGGCUAGACAGUUGGGAUAUACUAUUGGAGAGGUUCCUAUUUCAUUUGUGGACCGUGUCUACGGAGAAUCUAAACUGGGAGGCAAUGAAAUAGUCUCCUUCUUAAAGGGGCUCUUGACCUUGUUUGCUACAACGUGAUAGUUUAUCCUAAAUUAACUUUUUUAGGAAACCCUUUUCUGACAUCUGUGUGGUUUUUAGUACAUAAUAGCAGAAGCCUGAUAAUUUGUGUGGUGACCAGAAGACCUUCUAUAAACUAACAGUUAAAUAAACCACCAGUAAUGAACUACAUAUGUUGUACCCCAGAAUGCUCCUUUCAAAAUAAAUGAACUGAAUGUUAAACUAAAACCUAAUAAAGACUAAUGCUCUAUUCUAUUUUUGUAACAAUAAUGAAGUCUUAAUAAAGAACUAAUGAUCUUUUGCAUUCAGAAA